UUUGCCUCCGUCUACCAUGUCAAUUCACUCUGAUACCAAAGACUCCAAGAUUACGGGCGGUGACUCCGAUGUGGCCGAACGAAGAGCUCAACAAUGGACUGAAGCUGAGGAACGAAGGCUCGUACGAAAGAUAGAUUUUCGGUGCAUGCCUGCGCUGGUCAUCCUCUUCAUUCUAAACUUCAUUGUGCGAGGGAAUCUAGCUAAUGCUCGUCUGAAAGGCCUGCAGAGUGAUCUCCAUCUUAAUGAUACUCAAUACGCGACAACCCUUUCCGUCUUAUUCGCGGGAUACAUUUUUAUGCAAGUUCCCUCGAAUCUAGUUAUGAACACCAUCCCAUAUCCUCGUCUCUUCAUCUCGGCGGUUGUCAUUCUUUGGGGAGGAAUCUCUGCCUUGACAUCCCUCUGCCACGACUUCUCGCACCUUGUCGUUUGUCGGUUCUUUCUCGGAUUUGUCGAGGCUGCUUUCUAUCCCGCGUCUGUAUACUACCUCUCGAGAUGGUACACUCGCAAAGAGAUCGGGUUUAGAAUUGCUUUUCUGAACGCCGGGAACAUGCUGGCCCAAGGUCUAGGUGGACUACUUGCCGCAGGAAUUCUUGGUGGAAUGGAAGGUACCAGGGGUAUUCGGGGAUGGCGAUGGCUCUUUAUUAUCGAAGGGACCAUUACCGUCGCGUUCGGUUGCCUGAUUCCCUUCGUCUUGGCCGACUACCCCUCAACGACCAAGUCCCUCUCUGAGCGAGAGCGCUUGAUCGCACAGGGCCGUCUCGUAAAGGACGUUGGGAUCGUGGAUAAUCCCGAUGAGGAAGAACGCUCCGGCUCUGGCGUUUUCCAUGGUCUCCUGCAGGCCAUAACCGACGUCAAAGUUUGGGGACUGGCAUUUAUGUAUUUCACAUAUAUCAUGGGCCUGUCGUUCAGUCAGUACCUCCCAACCAUCACCGCUACACUCGGGUUUUCCACUACCAUCACGUUGUUGCUCACCUUUCCUCCUUGGGCUUUCGCCACUUUAUUUGCGCUUGCAAAUUCAUGGCACUCGGACCGGACGGGCGAGAAGUUCGGACACAUUGCGCUCAGUUAUGGGUUUGCGCUUCUGGGAUAUAUUGUCGCCCUUUCAGCGAAAACGGUGGCCGGAAGAUAUGUCUCUCUUUUUGGGAUGUGCAUGGGUUUCAGUGGCAAGUACAAUUCGCCGUCAAGCGUCCGCAUUGUCACAGACCCAUUCUUUGAAGGUGGUAUCAUUUUGCUCGGUUGGAUUAGUACAUCCAUCCCCCGACCGCCUGUGAAGAGGGCAGCAUCUAUCGCUUUUGUCAACGGAUUUGCCAACAUCGGUCAAAUUCCCACGUCUUAUCUAUGGCCUUCCAAGUGGGGCUCUAAGUACUGGCAAUCGUUUACCACCGAGAUAUGUCUUCUCGUAUUGAGUUUGUCCAUUGGAUUUGUGUACCGCCAAUACUUGAUCUCACUGAAUAAAAAGAUCGAGAAAGGAGAGGCAGAAGCUUUCGAUGCGAGUGCCAAAGUCAUUGAGCAAAGUGCAGACUUGGUGAAUGUAACAGCACAAGACGAACGGGAGAGGGUCCAAUCUUUCAGAUAUCUAUACUGAUUCGAUGUUAAUAACACACACACACACCACUUUCUCCUAUAACGGAACGGAACAUGCUAGUGUAUAUCGUAUUUUCUUAUGCCAAGUGACUAGUGAAACAUAUGCGUUCCAGGAAAGGGUCCAAUAGCUGAC